UCCUAUCUGUCAUCCCUGCCACAAAGAAGAUAUACAAUUGGUGGGGAGCCGUAGUGACGUCACGCGGAGGCGUGGCUCCCGUUUGAACUGGAGACGCGCCGUCGGGACUCCACUCUGUCCGCACCGUCGGGACUCCACUCUGUCCGCACCGUGUUGUUGUUGUUGUUGUACAGGGGACAGUGACACCCAGGCCGCCGCCGUGGUCCGGUUACUGUGCCAGCAGCAUGGGCCUGGGGGAGCCGGACAGGCGGGUCUCGUCCCUGUGCGGGGAGAGGAAGUUCCAGGUGCCGCAGCCGCCGUCCAUCGAGGACUUUAACAUAGUGAAGCCGGUCAGCCGCGGCGCCUUCGGGAAGGUGUACCUGGCCCGUCGGAAGAACAACAGCCGGCUUUUCGCUGUCAAAGUGGUGAAGAAGGCAGAUAUGAUUAAUAAGAACAUGGUGCAGCAGGUUCAAGCGGAGAGGGACGCUCUUGCUCUCAGUAAAAGCCCUUUUAUUGUACAUUUAUAUUAUUCUCUUCAGUCAGCCAACAACAUCUAUUUGGUCAUGGAGUAUCUUAUUGGUGGAGAUGUGAAGUCUCUUCUACACAUUUACGGCUACUUUGAUGAAGACAUGGCAGUUAAGUACACCUCUGAGGUCGCACUGGCUCUUGAUUACCUGCACAGACAUGGUAUAAUUCAUAGGGAUCUGAAACCAGAUAAUAUGCUGAUAUCGAAUGAGGGUCACAUUAAGCUAACAGACUUUGGUCUUUCCAAAGUCACCCUGAAACACGAGCUAAACAUGAUCGAUAUUUUAACAACACCUUCAAUGGCUAAACCUAAGCAAGAUUAUUUCCGUACCCCAGGACAAGUGCUUUCUCUUAUAAGCUCCCUGGGGUUUAACUCUCCAGUUCGUGGUAAGAUGCAGACGUGUGCCCCUGCCGUGACUCCAGCGCAUAAUAAGACUACAGAGGAAAACAUUACUCCUGUUUUAAUGAAAAAUAAAGAAAAUUCAAUGAAAGUGAAUAAGCUGCUAAUUUCAUGUCCUGAAAUUAAUACGUCUAGCCCUAGUAUGCCGGUGAAAUGCCUGACGCCCAGCCUUCUCAAGUUCAGGGCACGGCUUGGUACAUCCAGUGCCAGCAGUCAUUCCCACCUGUGUUUAUCAAGUGUGGAGUCUGAUAAUUGCAGUAGUCCAAAAUGGGAAAGUGGCAACCAGGUUGCCGAAGGACCACUGUAUUUGAACUCUAGUCGAUUAAAGGCUAAUUUGUCUGAUAAAUCAUUAAGCAAGACGCAACUGGGGAAAGUUGUGAAGUACAUGAAGGAUUUGGAGACCAAUUUCUCUCCCAUUAUUUAUCGUGAGAAUGGUAAGAAUUUUGACGUCCAGCACCGUACUAACGAACUUAAGGACACACCAAUUGGUAGUGUAAAUGCAAAAGGAUUAAUCAGGAAAUGUCUGUAUGAUCCUACCACGCAUGAAGAGAAGGAAAACUUUGAUUUUGGAGAAUUGAAAGUGUUCCCCAGAUCUCCAGUAUCUCCUCCUUGGCUGCCGAGUUCUUCAUUGGAUCCCAUCAAUUAUAAUGAAUAUGAACUUGCUGAAAGAACAGGAACCAAAAGAAAUUUUUCAUUAGUUGAAACAAGUCCUGGUCAGGAUCUUAUGGAAAAGAAGAGUAAUUCCCAGUAUAAACGUGCCUACCAAAUUGAAGAUGUUCCCGUCAUUACAAGUACUGGUCUAACUAUGGAAAUUGAGUCCCUUUUUCUUGCCGAUCUCCGACGAGGUGCUGUGUGUGAUGAUAAGCAAAAAGAAAAGUUUGUCCCAGCUCCGGAAACUCCGGAGAAACACUGCUCAGAGAAUCCAGUGGCCAAGAACUUGUUGUGUGAAUUAGAUGAGAAUAGUUCAAACUCUGGAUCAGACAACAAUGGGUCCUGGAAACAAAGUCCAAAUGGGAAUCCCAGUUCCUCUCCUAAAGCAUCUGUUUCAGACCAGUCACCGGAAGAAGCGCUCUCUGAUGUGGAUAGAAGCAUGAAAGAACUUUCUUUUGAGUCGCAGAACGAGGCCAAUGAGGGCUCAACUCUGCAGGAUGCAGAUUUAGCUGCCAUAUGUGAAGACAAAGAGCAAGAAAAGAGCAAACCCACAGGAUGUAUUUUACCUGAAAUGGACAAUAAAGCCUGGGCAUCUCCAGCCACAACUAGAAAGUUACCCAGUACUACAAAGAGAGCAGUGGUGGGUUUCCGAAGUUACAACAGCACCAUUAAUGGAUCAAACCUCUCAGAACCCUCCCGAAUCAGUAUUGGGUCUGUGGACAAAAUACCUUUCUCUCUGGGUUGUACAGGAUCCUACCCCAUGACUGUUACUCCAGCACAAAAGGACAGAACAUACAAGAAUUUACAGGGUCAGGCAGAGACUCCCUAUAGAACCCCAAAGAGCGUGCGGAGGGGAGCGGCACAAAUUGAGAAAGAGAAAAUUCUCGGAACACCGGACUACUUGGCUCCCGAACUAUUACUAGGGAAAUCACAUGGACCUGCUGUGGACUGGUGGGCCCUCGGCGUUUGCUUAUUUGAGUUUCUAACCGGCAUUCCCCCAUUUAAUGAUGAGACCCCAGCUCAAGUCUUCCAGAAUAUUUUAAAGAGAGAUAUUCCGUGGCCAGAGGAUGAUGAAACCCUCUCAGUCAAUGCUCACAGUGCAAUAGACAUACUCCUCACCCUGGAUCACACAAAGAGAGCAGGUCUAAAAGAUCUGAAGGUUAACUCUCUCUUCCUUGGCAUAGAGUGGGAUAACUUGCACAACCAGCCCAUGCCCUUCAUUCCACAGCCAGAAGAUGAAACAGACACUACCUACUUUGAAGCCAGGAAUAACGCUCAGGAUCUCAAAGUGUCUGGAUUCAGUCUGUAGGGCUUUGCCUGUGUUCCUUCAUUUCUUCCUUUUUAUCAUUCUCUAAUGGGAGAUGACACAUGUAAUAUUUAAAGAUUUUAGCUCAAUGAGUUGUAAAGUUUUGAGAUUUUUAACAAAGUAUGUGUGAUCUCCUCUUUCCCAUAUGUUAGCAUGUGUGACCUUUUCUCAUGUGUAAAACAAUAGUAAUUAAAUUUAAAACAAACAAACUGUAAAAUAAUGUAAAACCAAUCUGGGAUCAUGAUCCAUGUAAAUAUUUUCUGCUUUGGGACCAACAUCCUAAACCUAUGCACCUUACAUUACAUUAAGCCAUGUAUAACAAUUGUAAAUCUUAAUGUAAAAUAAAGUAAUAUGUGUUCAAA